AUGUCGGGCAACAAGGGUGAAAUUGCAACAGUGCGAGGAAACGACGGUGAUGCUGGCGAUUGGGCGGAAAAGAGGAGCAGCCACUUACAACUCAACAAGCAAGCUUUCGCCGUGCUGCAGCUGGCCAAGGAGAGACGGCCGUUGAUUCCUGACGCUGUUCGUUGCCUGCAGGGGACCCGUUGGUGGACGAGAAGAGGCGGUGAUGGAGGAAGACGAAGUAGGAUCUGGGGAAUGGCGGGAAUGAUAACCAAUUCUUCUAUUUUAAUGUCUCAAGCAAUCUAG